AUGACUGUGAAAGCACAAUCGGGUAAGCUUGAAUUUCGAAAAAUGUUAAGUGGUAAUAUACUUAGAAUUCGUCGGGGUAUCGUAUCUGCUAUCAUGUAUCGUAAGGUGAAUGGGCAUUCUGUUGCAGAGCUUAGACAAGAUAUAAUGAAUAGCAUCAAUCAUGUUUUUGGACAUCAUGAAGAGUGUGCUUCAUAUUUUUGUGUAAAAAAUAAAACAGACAUUGCAUAUUACAUUGAAAAAAUCAAAUCGAUGGAUCAAGAGUUUUAUGCCAAUGUAAUGAAACACAUUAGAAACUUGGCCAGACACAGUGGUAGUUUGCUACAAGAUGUGGACAGCAAUAUAGUCGAGUCAUACAAUGCUAUAAUUGCAAAAGUAAUCGGUGGGAAACGUAUAAACUUUGCAAUGAAUCGUUCUUAUUCUGGCAGAUGCAUGCUAGCAGCCGUAACCAAAAACACAAGUCGCCCGCUUUAUUCUCUUCAUAAGGUGUUGUACCAUAAAAGUCCAUCAAAACGAGGAUUUUUAAGUGCUGUAGAGUUAAAAAGAAAAAGAAAACAAAAUAUUCAAAAUAUUGCCAGAUUAAAAAAUAAAAGAUUUAAAAAACAACUUUUUAAAAACAAUGGUCCCGAUUUAUCGUAUGGAGAAAAUGCCGUUAGACCCGAUAUGGAUCAUUUAGAAUUUGAUCGACAAAAAGAAGACAUUUUAAAUGAAAUGAAAGAAGUAGCAUCAAAAAGAGACGAAAUUCAAAAACAAACUGUCGAACAAUGCGAGAAUGUACAGUGGAACGAAGUACGAAGAAAACUUUUAACGGCUUCUAAUUUCGGACGUAUCAUCUCUCGAAGACCAUAUACUGGCUGUGAAAAUAUUGUCAAGAGUCUUUUAUACAACACACAAAUAAUGGCACAUUCAUUAGAUUAUGGUCGUGAGAAUGAGGUUGUUGCUAAAAAAGAACUUGAAAAAAUUUUGAACAAGCCUAUACGUGACUGUGGUAUUUUUAUAGAUGCAGAGCAUUUCUUUUUAGGUGCUACUCCAGAUGGUUUACUGGAUGACGAUGGACUGGUUGAAAUUAAAUGUCCAUACUCUGCUGCUAAUAUGACUCCCGAUGAAGGCAUAUUAAAUAAAAAAAUUGAUUUUUGGUCUAUAAAUAAAGAUGGGAGUAUUGGAAGUUUUAAAAUAAGACAUAAGUAUCACUAUCAAAUUCAAGGACAAAUGAAAAUUGCACAAAAAAAGUUUUGUGUAUUUGCUGUGUGGACUCCAAAAGGAAUAAAAACGGAAACAAUCUUUUUUGAUAAACAAUUUUGGGAAGAACAAAUGUUUCCAAAAUUACAAACAUUUUUUUACGAUUGUAUAUUACCUGAGAUCGUGGACCCAAGGUAUCCAGGAAGACCAAUUAGAAAUCCGCAAUCAAUUGUUCAUGCUCAACAAGAGCAAAAAAAAACUAAAAUAGUCGUACAUAGGCCAUAG